AUGGCUUUUCACCCUAUGAGAGCAUAUUCUGUGGCGAAUCCGCCAUUAGCAGAGAAAAUAACGGAAGAUCCUGUAACAAAUAAAACAGCUCAGAGCACGGUCACAUGUGGCUACCAGACACACAUUGCAGGCUAUUUGAGAAAUGUGACAGUUUUGUGGUGUAGAAAUCUUAUGAAUCAUUCAUUAAGUAUCAUGGUGAAUAGCUUGGAAGGUGAUUAUCAUUACAGUUGCAAGAUUGAUCUUAAGCCUUGGCAUUUUUGGAGCAAGAAAGGGUAUAAAUCAAUUGAUGUUGAAGGGAACCUAGUGGAGAUUUAUUGGGAUCUUCGUUCGGCUAAAUUUUCAGGAGGGCCUGAACCAUAUGCAGAUUAUUAUGUUGCUCUAGUUUGGGAAGAAGAGGUUGUGUUAUUGUUGGGAGAUUACAAGAAAAAGGCUUAUAAGAGAACAAAAUCAAGACCAGCUAUAGUUGAAGCCAUACAAUUUUACAAGAAAGAAAACGUUUUCGCCAAGAAAAGUUUUGCAACCAGAGCUAAAUUUGAUGACAAGAAAAGGGAACAUGACAUUGUAGUUGAGAGUUCAACAAAUGGGCCAAAAGAUCCAGAAAUGUGGAUUAGCAUAGAUGGGAUUGUGUUGAUUCAGGUGAAGAAUUUGCAAUGGAAAUUCAGAGGCAACCAAACUGUGUUAGUAGAUAAACAACCGGUUCAAGUUUUCUGGGAUGUACACGAUUGGUUGUUUAGUAGCCCCGGCACGGGUCAUGGGUUGUUCAUAUUCAAGCCAAGUGCACCGGAAGUAGAAAGUGAAGGCAGCAGCCAAGGAUGUGACAGUGAUAACAGUAAUGGAAGCAGGUACCAUUCAACUAAAAGUUCUACAGCUUCAGAGUUCUGCCUGUUUCUUUAUGCAUGGAAGAUUGAGUAA